UUACGUCUAUAUUUCUAUUGCGUCCGCUCCUCUUCUUCUCAUGCCACUGGUUUAUUCGAUGAUAACAGUGAGUUGAGACGACGAAUAGACCGAAUUCGGGUUAAGACGAGUUUCUCUCGUGGCAGGAACAACAUACUCUACAAUCAUAUCUUGUGAAAUUGAGUCAUGAUAUUGUAUGCUUCGUAAUAAACUCUUGUUUGGGCAGUGAGGCAGAGCUACGUGGAUUGUUUGGCCUCUGCCAUAGUUGUUAGCUUCGUCCUUAGUUCAAGGAGGGUCAUGAAUCUCGCGUGAGAUCUUGCAGUUGCCCCUAUUUAAGCACUUGUUCUUGAAAUCCUGACAAGGAAAGGCAUCAAUCGAGCACAAAAAACAUAUCGGAAACGGCGUUGCUAAUCCUACAUACCAUCAUCUUGUUGCUCUCUCCAAUGGUGGCGGCAAAAUUUCCUAUCACCUGGCCUAAGCACCACGUCCACGCCAGGAACGAGCUGGGAGGCAGGAAGCAGCUGCUCGUCCACUACAAGUCCACCGACAACGCGUGGACGGAGGAUAUAGGGAGACGGUACGAGGUGCAGGCUCUUUUGGGUUGCUAGAGAAAUAGAGAUAUCGGAGUUCAUUGAUGUAUGAUAGUUUCCUGCGUCCGGGAAUCCUUUAGCUAAUUACCACUACUCCUGGAGAAACAUAACGAUAAACUGAAAUAUUCGUCUUCUCAUACUAGUAAUUGAACCACAAAGUACAUAUUUAUAGGAAAACGUAGGAAAACCUAAUAGCUAACCCUAUCCCACUCUAACAAGGUAACUAAUAAUUUACUAAACAAGACACAAUAAACUAAUACGAAUAAUACAAAUAACCAUAAUAACCCUACAAUUAACUAACAAUUAAUCCCUAAUAACUAAGCCUAGCUCGGCACCAAGGCCCACGGGAUGUUAUCCUGCAUCAAUCCUCCCCCCCAUUUGAACAACUGUCCCCGAAUUUUAGGCGUCAUCUCAACGCGGAUCAAUGUAGAAGAAUUGUUGCCACAUGUUGACGACGACAAAGAGAGUGGAUAUUCGUCGAUGCCAACCCCGUUUACGAAAUUUCCAAUUGCGCCCCAGACACUUUGAAUCAACCCAACACCACUAGCUUCCUGUCUUCCAUCUUCAAAUACCCUUCAACUUUUUCCCAAGUCCACCUCCUCGCGCAUGGAAUGGAAUUACUUGCCCACCAAUAAUGUUCACCUUCCAAGGACCAAAGGGCCAUUUCCCAUGCAAGCCACGUAUUGACGAACAAGAAUAGUAGGCUCUGCUUAUAAUAUUGUUCUCAUCCCACUCCGGCACUCCCCCCAAACAACCCUUCUCACCAAUUCCUCCACCAUUCAUGCUACCUAGAUCUUCAUGAGAAGAGCCUCCACCUUCCGAUUCGCCGACUGUAAACAAAAAGCGUCUUCUUGUACAGCCGCACAAAUUCCUCCAUCCUUCGUCAACACAUGCGGCCAAAAUCCCGCUGGCAGAGACAACAUUGCAUUCCUUGACAGCUCUCGUAGGUCAGAUGGAGACCCUACGUUGGGUUGCUCGGACAUGGCGCCACCGGCUCUCGGCCUCUUCCGGUACUUCCAAUUGAGUUGAAUUGACAGUCGAAACAGACUCGUACCAGCAACCGUACGGGAAUCUCCGCAAUCUCAACGUCGACUGCGUUGAUUUGGAAACCCAUAGGCUUCUCGGUGGCGGCGGCUUCUUGUAGCUUCGGUGACGUUGGAGCGAGAGCUGACCCUUAGUUCGAAGAAGCAAGGGCUGGCAGCUCACGUUUGGCGGCAAGCUCCUCCUCAAUAUGUGGCUUCACGAUGCGGCUAGGCGGAACAGGAGCGGCAAUACUUCCCCUCUCUCGGGCCACAACCACGGCGGCCACAGCAGCUCCCAACCUCAUCGUCGAUGGCCCGGUUAUGGAAGAAAUUACUCCUUCCACAUCAUAUUACGACGGCGUUUCGAUCUUCCAAGUCUUCCUAAGGCCAACAAAGCAGUAGGGCUUCUUAUCUUCAUCGAGAAAAGCUCUCGUCUUCAUCGAGAAACGCUUAUGCACGAAUACCAGCUCUCCUGUUCUCUCUCUCGGCAAUCUGCUCAAGGAGUAUGCACCGCCUCUACAAAAGCUCCUGAAGAGGAGUCAUCAUGAGACUCUAGCAAAACAGUCUUCUUCUUCUUCAAACGGCUAUUCCUCUCAACUUAUUAUAAAUUAGGUAUCUUCUCCAAUUGUAAAUGUUGGCGGUUUGCAGUGAGUAAAACAGUAGAGAGUUUCUUCUGCAUUGGGUCCAUUAAUUACUUCAGUAGCUUUGUCAUAGUGUUGUCGAACUGGAUGACUUAACCUUGGGAAGUAAUUAGUUCUUUGUUGUGUGUUUAAAGAGCCAAUUCGAUUGGCUCGGCUAGGGUUGUUUUUUGUAAUCUGUUAUCCUUUUCAUUAUCAAUAAAAUCUUUCUUGUAUUACAAAUCAUUAAGCAAAGUGCUGCAACAAGAGAGUUUGAGUGUCGAGUUUCAAUAUCUUCCUCCCAUUCUAAGUUAACAAUUGGUAUCAGAGCAGGCUCUUCAAAGGAUUAGCAAUCGCUGAAGAGGAUCAAUUUGGGAUGACAAGAUCCUCGUCUGCAUCAGCUUCAUACUCUACAAGUACAAAUACGCCAUGGUUUGAUGGGACGGAUUACACAGUCUGGAAAAAGAUGAUGAGGAUCUAUCUCCGUGGCAUCUGGAGAAUAGUCCGUAAAGGACCUAUUCCUAUGGAUGAUGAAGAUGAAGAAAAAUGGGAGGAUGAGUAAAAGCUCUCAUCUCAACAGGAUUCAAUGGCGCCCAGAAGAAAGAAGUCAAGUAGCUCAAUGCGAGACAGCCAAGGAAAUAUGGGAGUCUCUUCAGACUACUCAUGAAGGUACGUCAGAGGUAAACGAAAGUAGAAUAGAUGUGUUUUCAAAUGAAUAUGAAUCAUUUGAAAUGAGCUCUAGAGAGUCAAUUUCUAGUAUGAGCACACAAGGAGAUCUCUACAUCGGCCGAAAUAGGAGGUUUAUCUGGCGGUUCGUCAAUCUCGAUCGGCGGUUUUCCAUCGACAAGCUGUAGAACUUCAUCCUGCGGCAAUCUUAUGUGUUAGUCUAGUCGCCUCUGUACGAAGUCCAACCUCGCGUCGAUGUGUGGUAAGCAUGCCCUAUAGGCGAGCCUCGUCGAGCUCGAUUCCUAGGAACCAGGCUCUGAUACCAAUUGAUGCAUGAAGGUUUCCUGCAUUGGGAAUCCUUUAGCUAAUUACGACUACUACUAGAGAAACAUAACUAUAAACUGAACCAUUCGUC